AUGCUGAGUGGUUGGAGGCUUCGCGCUGCACAGUCCACUUUUGUACGAGCUAGCCAAAGGCUGCCGAUUGCGGCACGUUUCCAUGAGGAGGACUGGGAGGCGGAGCUCCUCGCCUGGAAGAAGAAGUACGGCUGUCCAGAUGCCGUCUGCCAUGAGCCUGAGGAGUGCGCAGGCGCAGCAACGGAGCCUGAAACCAGUCCACAGGAGCAAGGGCAAGCAACGAAAGGAUCCGCCUGA